AUGGGGGAAGCUGGAUAUUACAUUGGUGUGGAUGUGGGCACUGGGUCUGCGCGGGCUGUCAUGCUGCAACAUGACGGGGCCGCUUUGGCUCUCGAGGAGCACCCUAUAAAGAGACAGGAAUUGAGAGUCGACUUCAUCACUCAAUCUUCCAGUGAGAUUUGGUCUGCCGUUUGUCACUGCGUUCGUGGAGUGGUGACGAAGUCUGGGGUCAACCCUCGUCUGGUUAAAGGUAUUGGGUUCGAUGCUACAUGUUCGUUGGUCGCUGUGGAUGCGGUGACCGGUGAUGCCGUGCCCGUGGGGCCCAACUUCGACGAUUCGACGCAGAAUAUAAUCCUUUGGAUGGACCACAGGGCCACACGAGAGACAGAUGCAAUCAAUGCAACUGGGGACAGGUGUUUGAAGUACGUCGGUGGCCAAAUGUCUGUGGAAAUGGAACUGCCAAAGAUUAAAUGGCUGAAGGGUCAUAUGCCCCGUGGACAGUUCACCAAGUGUAAGUUCUUUGAUCUUCCAGACUACCUAACUUUUAUGGCAACGGCGAAGGACAGAAGAUCAUUUUGCUCUGCCGUGUGUAAACAAGGUUUACUUCCCCCGGGGGUUGACGGCUCAGAGGGGCAUUGGUCCCCGGAGUUUCUGGAAGCUGUGGGUCUCUCGGAGUUGAUAGACACCAAUUUUGUCCAACUUGGUGGCACUUCAGAGAGCAAGCCGAAGUUUUUAACCGCGGGACAGCCCGUCGGGCAACUAACCUUAGAGGCUUCAGAACAAUUUGGUCUCUCUACGUCGUGUAUAGUGGCAUCGGGUGUCAUUGAUGCGUAUGCAGGUUGGAUUGGGUCCGUCGGGGCCAAGUUUGACCAGUCACAUAAAUCAAGUGGGCUAGACGUAGCGAUAACGAGACUUGCACUGAUAGCAGGCACGUCAACAUGUCACAUUAUGCUCUCCAAGGGUCCGCAAUUUGUUCCCGGUGUGUGGGGGCCCUAUAGAGACGUUUUGAUACCUGGGUACUGGUGUGCAGAGGGUGGGCAAAGUUGUACUGGGGCCCUACUGGCACAUAUCUUGGAGACACACCCUGCGCACGAAGAACUGGUAAGAUUAGCAGCUAAACAACAGGUGUCCCAUUUUGAGUACUUGGGCUUGAUGCUGGACACUUUGAUGAUGAAGAGGCAAGUAAGAAACGUGCUGGAAUUGUCACGCAGCUUCUUCCUCUACGGAGACUUCCACGGCAACAGAUCCCCACUGGCAGACCCCUCGAUGCGGGCCACAGUGAUCGGCCAAUCGAUGGAUGUGUCUAUUGAGUCCCUCGCCGUGGAGUAUCUGGCCGCCUGCGAGUUUAUCGCGUUACAAACAAGACAGAUUGUGGAAACCAUGGUGCGGAACGGACAUGUUGUCGAGUGUGUGUACAUGUCCGGCGGCCAAUGUCGAAACUCUCUGCUGAUGCAAUUAAUAGCGGAUAGUGUCGGCGUACCUGUGGUGUUGCCGAAAUAUACCGAUUGCUGCGUUGUGUUUGGUGCUGCACUACUUGCUUGUUGUGCCAGUAAAGGUUGCGAUGGAAUCGAGGCAGAUCAGAGCACAAGAUUGUGGGAUAUAAUGACUGCCAUGACCCCAAUGGGUACUCGCGUACUCCCCAAUGACGAUUCGUCCUUCGAGCGUAAAUACAUGGAUGCUAAAUAUGGUAUAUUCUUAGACAUGAUUGAGCGUCAGAAAUUAUACAGAUCGCAAAUGGACCAAGUUUUCCGCUCUAUUACAUAG